CGAGACAGAUCGCUGCGCGCGCGCCUCUCGUGAGUCAGUUAGGCGCAGACACACGGCUCUACGCCACGCGGGUGCGGUACCAAGAUGUCACGCGCAGCGUCGUUCGCGCAACGAUGGGCCCAGGACAACUUGACCAGACCCCCCACAGAAGACGAGCUCACAGUCCUCAACCUGUUUCCCAUCACCUGCGAUGGAGACGAGGUUGAAGCUGCCAAGAGAGCCCGGAGAUACUACAAGGCUAGAGGACCUGGAGGACUGACAGAACUAUGGCAUAAGAGAUACCCUGAUGACGAGGAUAUUUUGUCCAGUUGCCAGGAUGCUUACAUCGUCCCUCUUCGCGCCAGGAGUGUAGGAGGACGGAGGAUGACCCUCGUCAGGCUUCCAGCUCCGAUGGCCAUGGACAGGCCACUGUCAGCGAAGGCGCUGCUCUCUAGGUGGCUUAUGAUUUUAGAUAUACGGUUACGCGAAGAUCCAACUCCUGGUGAGGAGGUGGUGUUCAUAGACGUUAGCGAUCUCCAGCCGUCACAUGUGAAGAACCACUUCAGGGGCACAUAUUGGAAGGACUUCGUUUGGUGCAUGAAGACAGCAUACCCGCUCCGCUUCACGGAGAUCCACGUCAUCAACACUCAGCGCUUGAAGACCAUGUCUCUCCUGCUUUUACACAUCGGUCUCCAUCCCUGGAAGCGUAAGGUCCUGCACAUCCACUCCAAGGCUGAGGAGAUUAACCAGGCCAUGGGGUUUGAUUACUUUCCACCGGAGAGCCUGCCACAUGAGUAUGGGGGGAAGGCUGGUGCUAUGAAGGAUCUCAAUGACGAAUGGACAAAGAAGCUCCUCUCCAACUCAAAGUGGCUGGAAUCAGAAGAACGCAAAUUCUACGACACAGAACUGAAACCAGAACUAGACACUCGGUCUCGACACCGCAGCGCCGUGCGCCUGCGAGCAAGCAACGGUUCUUAUGACAUGAUCACACGCACGCACUCGUGUAGAUCUUUACAUAGGCAUGAUGACUUUGAUGAAGGAACGUACGGCGCUUACAGGACUUUAAAAGUGUCUUCUGAUAGUGAUUUCUAUGUAUAAGUGAGGAAAAACAAGAAGAUGUUUUUUGCUGAGUUGUGCGGGAACUACCUACUGAUUGAUCCAAUGACAUGGGACGUACGGCGCGCAUAGGACUUUGGAUAGUGAUUUCUAUCUAUGAAUGAGGAAGAACCAGAAGGUGGAUUUUGCAGUGUUUUGGCGCGAGUAACUGACCCAAUAUGAUCUCGCCCACAUAUUUUGCAGAUUUUGGAACAGACACCCUGCUACGUA